AUGUCACAAUCUAGAAUCAACGUUCUUGUCACAGGUGCAAACGGUGGCCUUGGGUUAGGUAUCUGCCUACGUCUGAUCGACGAUUUCCUCAGCAGAAAUGACGAGGCUGAAAGUCUGAAUAUCAUCUACACUACAAGAAGUGUAAGGAAAGGAUCCGAAACCUUGAGAACCUUACAAGCACACCUGCGCAAGCAUCACCCUAUCCAGCAGCAUAGUCGUGUGACAUUUCAGCCAGAAAACGUCGAGCUUACCAGCCUUGUGUCUGUAAGAGACCUUGCGCACAAGCUGGUCUCUUCCACAGACCUUGCACGGAUUGACGCCGUCAUCUGCAAUGCUGGUAUUGGAGGAUGGACGGGCUUGGACUGGUACAAAGCAGUAACACAUGUCCUUGCUGAUUUGAUGAACAAUACAGUAUGGCCGGCAUACAAGCUGGGCACAAUCGGUUCUGUCACGAAACUGCAACUGCCACAAGAGCGGCUGUCUGAACCAGUACCUCCCCUUGGAGAGCUCUUUUGUGCCAAUCUGUUCGGCCACUACAUGCUUGUUCAUUGGCUGAUGCCGCUGCUGCGAACUGGAAAUUCGGCUAAUGCUUCUAAGAUUAUUUGGGUGUCGUCGAUCGAGCCACAAGCAGAUCAUUUCCAGGAGUCGGACGUGCAGGGUUUACAAACAGAUGCACCAUAUGAACAUAGCAAGCGAUUGACAGACAUCCUGUCCUUGACUUACAACCAGCCUGCAACCCAGCAGUUUGUCAAGGACUUCACCUCGUCCAAGUCCUCACUCGCUGCCACUUCUUCCCUACCACAACGAGCGGAUCUUGGAGCUCCUGCUAUGCAUGUCUACCACCCAGGCAUUGUAGUCACUUCCGUCAUAUCACUAUACUGGAUCAUACACCAGGCAUAUUUGCUAAGCAUCUAUCUGGCUCGUUGGAUCGGCAGUCCUUGGUCCACAGUGGAGCCCUACGCCGCGGCACAUGGUGCUACCUGGCUUGUCUUGACUUCAGAAGACGAGAUCCAAGAGGCAGAGGUCAACGCCAACGCUAGAUCAGUGGAAGAUGGGCAACCAGUCGUUGCUCAAGGACGCGUCAAGUGGGGAACUGCAAUUACUCGAGGUGGGAAAACCACAGUCCGACCUACAGAAGUGGAUAAAUGGGGUGUCAACGGCUCAGGACAUGAUUAUGCCACUACUUGGUGGGGUGGCGCGAACGGAAGAGGCAGAAAACCUGGUGCUAUCGAGGCGAAAUCAACAGACGUCGAAGAGUUUAUAGCUCAGGGUGUGACAGCAUGGGAUAAUAUGGAAGUGCUCAGAAAGGCGUGGGAGAAGAGACUGGAUCAAGCGGCUUGA